GGAGGAGGAGGAGGAGGAGGCCCGGCGGAGCGGCAGCAAAGUCAUCGCCAUCGGCCCCCCCUUGGCCGGCUCCGGGCUCGGCUCUCUCCAUGUCUCUGGCUCUGGGCAGCGGCCGCCACAGCAGCGAGUAGGGGGGGAGGAGGAGGAGGAGGAGGAGGAGGAGGAGGAGGAGGAGGAGGAAGAAGAAGGGAGCCCGGGAGAGUGCCUCCCUCCCUCCCUCCCUCCCUCCCUCCCCCCGGCAGCCCCGGCCGCCUCCCGUCCCCUCGCCCCGCGUCCCCUGCCUCCCCCUGCCCAAGAUGGGCUGUUUAGGGAACAGCAAGACGGAGGAUCAGCGCAACGAGGAGAAGGCGCAGCGGGAGGCCAACAAGAAAAUCGAGAAGCAGCUGCAGAAGGACAAGCAGGUCUAUCGGGCCACGCACCGGCUCCUCCUGCUGGGUGCUGGUGAAUCCGGUAAAAGCACAAUAGUCAAACAGAUGAGGAUCUUGCAUGUGAAUGGAUUUAAUGCUGAGGAGAAGAAAAUGAAAAUUCAGGAUAUUAAGAACAAUAUUAAAGAAGCUAUAGAGACGAUAGUGACAGCAAUGGGCAAUUUGGCACCUCCAGUUGAACUAGCCAAUCCAGAGAACCAGUUUCGAAUCGACUACAUCUUAAAUUUAGCUAACCAGAUAGACUUUGAUUUCCCACCGGAAUUUUAUGAACAUACAAAAACGCUUUGGCAAGACGAAGGUGUGAAAGCCUGCUAUGAGAGGUCUAAUGAAUAUCAGCUGAUUGACUGUGCGCAGUAUUUUCUAGACAAGAUUGACAUAGUCAAACAAAAUGAGUAUACACCGUCUGACCAGGAUCUUCUCAGAUGCAGAGUUUUGACAUCAGGAAUUUUUGAAACCAAAUUUCAGGUGGACAAAGUAAAUUUUCAUAUGUUUGAUGUUGGAGGACAACGAGAUGAACGCCGAAAAUGGAUCCAGUGUUUUAAUGAUGUGACUGCUAUCAUAUUUGUGGUGGCCAGCAGUAGCUACAACAUGGUUAUACGAGAGGACAAUCAGACCAAUCGGCUUCAAGAAGCACUAAACCUCUUCAAGAGUAUCUGGAACAACAGGUGGCUACGGACCAUUUCAGUAAUUCUUUUCCUGAAUAAACAAGAUUUGCUAGCAGAGAAAGUUUUGGCAGGGAAAUCUAAAAUUGAAGACUACUUUCCAGAAUUUGCUCGCUACACUACACCAGAUGAUGCAAUACCAGAGCCUGGUGAGGAUCCCAGAGUUACAAGGGCCAAGUAUUUUAUUAGAGAUGAGUUUCUUAGAAUCAGCACAGCAAGUGGAGAUGGAAGGCACUAUUGCUAUCCUCACUUCACGUGUGCAGUGGAUACAGAGAACAUCCGGAGGGUUUUCAAUGACUGUCGGGACAUUAUUCAGCGCAUGCACCUUCGCCAAUACGAGUUGUUGUGAUGGAGAGCACUUUUUUCUGUGUUUUGGACUCCUUAUUCCUUAUUAAAAAAGAAAGAAACACCCUUGCCCACGAAGGGUGGAAGAGAACUGUUUGAAUCUCCCAUUGAUUUGCACCCCUCAACUUUUUCUCCUUGCUGGACAAUAGCAGCACUUCUAAGCUUGCUUCUGUACCCCUCGGACAGUUUGAGAUGGUCCCUAACACUUAAAAGGCCAUUUCCAUGAGGACUCCCUAACACUGUUAUUAACGAAAAAAGAAAGAAAAAAAAAGAAAUAAAAACUAAUUAAUUAAAAGUCCUGAAUGUGGAGCACCUGAAAGAAUUGGGGAUUAAAAUCUAAAGCAUAAAACAAAAAUUGGGGAGAGAAAACUAGGUAAUUUAGCACUGUUGUGGGCAUAAUCAUAUAACCCGUGAUCUCCACUUUGUAUCAUUCACUGCAUCAGACAAAGAAGGUGCCAAGUCACAGACCAAGUUUGAAGACACACUUGAGUUUGGUUCUCUGACUGUAAUGUGGCUUUGAACGGAAAUACUGACAAUUCUACAACAGACCUAGACAGUGCAAAAACCAACUGCUACCUUUCAGAAGGGUAUUUUUAAAUCCAGUCUUGGUGGUCUUAAGACAGCCAUGGACAUCUAUGAAUUGAACUGCAUAUGGCCUGUGAUUGCAGAAAGAGUUAACCACACACUGUUUUCAGUUUGUCCACUGAUGAUCCCGUCUGCUAUAAAAAUCAUUAUCUGGACUGUAGUCCUCACAGUCUUUCCCUUCUUUUUCUUCUUCCCUCCCCUCAUUUUUUAUUUUACUGCUGGAUUAUUAUUCUUGUACAGACUGUAAAAUGUAUUAUUUUGUACAACUUUAUUGAAAAAAAAAUAACUUGUAGAAGAUCUUUGUGCCUUGAUUAUGGCUGUACCUGUACAAUGAGCUAAGAUGUAAGUAUGUUUGAUUGCGCUGUACAGCUUUGUCAACCCUAUCUGCAGCAUUAGCUCAAGGUAGGGAAAAUUUAUCUGUAGUUUAGUUUUUCUGGUUUAUAAAAGAAGGAAAAAUACUGUUUAGUAAAAAAAAGAAAAAAAAAGGAAAAAAAAAGAAAAAAAGGAGAAAAAAAAAGAAAAAAGUACAAAUUGUGCAAACUUAACCACUUUAAAAGUGAGGUCUUCAACAAGUGACCAGAUGUUGCAGCAUCAUGCUUUUAAUUUUAGCUUUAAUUCAUUUAAAUCUCUAUCCAAAUGCAAAACAUGGCUUGUUUCUACAUAAACCAAAUUUUGCUACAAAUUAUAAAUGUUAGUCUUUGGUCAUUCAUAGUCCUUUUUGCUGAAGACAAAACCAGAACAAUAACAAACACAUAGGGCAUCAUGCAGGUCUGGUGACCAUCUCUAGACUGGGCCAAAUACCCCACCAACCUCCACUUACACUGCGUGGGCAUGAUACUACCAGAAUGACAAGGUGUGCACUGCCCUUGGAUUUGGCCACUGAAUUCCAGUUUCAAAUGACAUUUUUAUUUCUCUUUUAAUAAAGAGAUACUUUAGAACCUUUUUGUUUUAUAUUAACUAUAUAAGUAGCUUAAAGUGAAGAUGUGUGGAUUUUUCUUAAACUUGAAUAAUUUAUGCAAAUUAUAUGCUUAGAACAACAUGUGGUACAGUAAAAAGAAAAAGAGCAAAAAUCACUGUAGCAAUAAGAGAGCAUGUAAUUUUAGUAACUACUACACUGCUUUAUAUUUUAUACCUAGGUGUUUUAUGUCUCUGUGAGUGUGUUACUUUUUCAUGUGUCUAAACCUACGUGUACAAUUUGUACAGAGUCAGAAAUUACAACUGUAAUAACACAUCUAGAACAGUGUUAGCCUAUAUUACUCAAGCAUCCCUGUUUCCUCUUCAUUUACACCCCUAAACUGAUCUGGAUCUUAAUGCAGUGACUUUAAAAGGAAAACAAACAAACAAACAAACAAAAAUACUUGUCUCUUUGCCUUUCACAGUAGCUUCCCUCCAUCCAAGAUCCUAUGUUAAGUUUCUUUUUUGGGAAAAGGUCCAGUUUAAAUUAAAAUUAGGGUGUGGUCAGUGGUGUCUGUGCAGCUAGAUUUGCUUCAGGUAUCAGAUGCCUUUAAUACUAAGAACUGAAACUGUUCAGGAUUGUGAGUUUUCAUUGCUUUUGUGGCUAAACUUUUAAAUGAAAAUAAAUCACCUUGUCCAUUUUCAGAUAUAUAAAGAGCAGUCAGGGACUUGAUGGAGUUAAUGUCCCAAUCUCUCUCAAUUCAACAUUAGUAGUGAUCUUUCAGAAGACACUAAAUUUUCUAAAAAAUUCAGCUGCAGUUGAUACUCAUUUUUGAAGAAGGAUCUUUCCUGUUCACACGUUUAGGAAGUUGCCACCUAAACUUCAUAGAACUGUGGGAGAGAAUGACCGAAAAUGGCCCUCUUUGAUUUAAGAAUGUAUCCAGUGCCUGUAGGCUAAGGGCUGGUGUUUCCUAUGGGUAAAAAUGGGGGACACUUAGUGGAAAGGAAAUUCAUUGUGAGCCUUAAUUUCAGUUACAGGAGCCAAAAUCUUUAAUUGAGUGCCAACCCUUAUUUUCUUAAGCCUAGGAGGAGAUGGUGUAAACACCAAAUUUAUAAAUGGGGAAAACCUGUAGUGGUGUAAGGAAUGUAAUCUCUCAUUGAGAGAAACAAAGCAUCUCCAUUAAAAAAUAAAAAAAAAAAAAAUCAGCUUCUUCCUCUAAUAAUGAGAAGGGUACAUAAUAACAAUGAGCUAUAUAAGAAAGUAACAGUUUAAGAAACCUUCCUAUAAAGCUUUAUAUGAACAGAAAUGCUUAGGGGACUUUUUUUCCUUUCUUAAGUGAGGAUAAAGGCAAUUGUUUUGAAUAUGGUUGAGUUGCACAAGUAUGGAGUGUGUGUGUGUCUUAAUGUCUCAGUAUUGCCUUUGUUAGUCUCUUUAUUAGUCCAUGCAGUUUGGUGGCCUGGUAAAUGCAAGUCUUAUUUUUAACAGCUUUUUUUUUUUUUUUAAUACAAAAAACAUAAAGCUUUAAUGCUUGCUAUUUAAUAAUUUACUGUGUUUUCUUAUGUCUUUCUAAUUUAGUUGCCAUAAUUUGCAGUUAAUUGAACCAUUCCAACCUAAUGCUUACCCAUAUUUCCUAGUUUUGUUUUAUUUAUUUAUUUGAACUUCUUUUUUUCAUGAUUGAGGACUUUCACUUCUGUCUCAUUCAUCUGUUUGGAAACUUCUGACCUUACAGCCAAAACUUUGCUCAUUCUACUCAGUAUUCAUCGUGAUGCUGAAGUGUAAGAUACCUGCAAAUGUAAACACUACCACUUUAUUAAUAAAAAGCAAAUACAGUGUUUUAGGGCACAUUUGCAUCACUAUA